AUGUCCAUGUCAACUAAUUACCGUAGCACAAAUAGACGAACUGCGUCAACUCCAAAGCCAACUAUUGCUGAUAAGUUUAUGGAACGGGUCCAAUUAGACGUGAUUGAUCUGAGAACUCGGCCAGAUGGCGAAUACAGAUACAUCGUCCACGCCAGAGAUCAUUUCACCCGGUUUUCCUGGGCGGAAGCGUUGACAGAUAAUAAGGCCAUAGACGUGGCAAGGUUUUUGUUUAAAAUAUUCACGCAGUUUGGUCCACCAGAAUUCUUACAAUCUAAUAACAAAAAAGAAUUUGUCGCAGCAAUCCUUCAUGAAUUCAAACAAUUAUGGCCUGGAGUCCACAUUAUCAAUGGUGAUGCGCGAGAUCCUAGGUCACAAGGGUUAAUGACGAGAGGCAAUUCGAUAUUAAAAAACAAACUUUCCAUAUGGCUUGUGGAUAAUAAGCGUCAGGAUUGGCAUGUAGGAUUACCGCUGGUCGUGCGGACGAUGAAUACGCUGGUUUGCAGCGCCACCAAACAUUCGCCUUAUUAUUUAGUCUUCGGACAACAUCCUCAACACAACCUUGCAUUACUCAAUAUGCUUAGUGAUUCGAAAUUUAUUAAUGAGGAAGACUUGCCUGAUGGUAUCUUGGCUGAUGCUAGCGAAAGUGAGUAUCAAUGA